UUUCUUCUUUUUGCCGGGAGUCUCAGUUCCCAUCAAACUAGGGGCGACCCUCCUCCGUCCAUCCCAUCGAUCUGGAUCCCUCCGGCAUGGGGUCUCUCUGGUCCACUACGGAGCAAGGAGGGACAUGGCUACUCUGGCAUUUGCUUUCGGCAACCCUCCCGGGCCUCAAUCCACAACAGUACGGAGUACCCCAACACCCAUACUCCGUACCGUUAAAAAAAAAAAAAAUUUCCAACAGCCCUAAGCCCACCAGCUUAUCUCUCUCUAAGCCAGGAAACAGCUUUCUCUCACGCAUCGCGUAACUGAACUACGUGCCCAUCUGCUGUACGCUCCUCCGUAUGCCAGGCCCAGUCCAGCCUCCCUGCUGACAAAAGUCGCAUUGGCGAAACAUCCCACUGGCCGUGCCCGUGCCUCUUUGCAAUUUUAAAAAUUUUAAAAUGGCGGGCCAGAUCACUCCCACAAGACAGCCCUCGGCCAAGCCUGAUCUGCCGGGGUCCCCUGCUCCCUCUCGCUUCCAAAUCCUCCACUGGUUUCCCUCACAGCUCACAUCCAUCCAGACAGCGGGCAGGGUAUGGUCGAAGUUACCCAAGAAACGUGGGGUGGAAGGUUCUUCUGGAACAAAUUCAACCGCAAGUCUCCCCUCCCCUGGUACAGAGGUAUUGCUCACAUAUUCCGCCCUCUCCUGACCCGAUAUUCGCGUGUCUACUCGCAUGAAGACCGUCCUUGCUCUCCUGAGAUAUAUGGACCUGCCAUCCCAUCCAACGUCCACAGAACUCUUAGCUUGGUUUCAAUGGACUGAUGUGAAAGCUUAAACCCUGAAGCUGAAGCUGAAUAUGACGCUGAACCGUCGACACACCUCAACACACGCAGUCGCAUGGUUGAUUGGCUGUGUCUCCGGUAGAACAGGGUCAGCGGAAGAGGCAACGGAGGACGAGGCAAUCACUGAUCAAUGGGCCAUUCUUUUACCUUCCAGAUGUGGCGAAAGGUCUCCCACCGACAGGGUCCCUUUUUUUUUUUUUCCAGGAGAUAUUGACGUCAAUGGCGAUUUUCUACCACCCAUCCCCUCUCCCAGCAAAGAAUCCGCACUCACCAAGCCUACCAGGCCUGCCGACAUGGGCUCCUACCCUGGGAGAAGAGGGUGUGUAUGCGUGCGCGCGUGUUAUUCUUGGGAGAAUAGGGGAAUGUCGGUUACCAUACCACUCUCCAGCAAGCCGAACAGGGAGCUGGGCUGUGCCCUUGCGACAGCCACAUCGGCCGCGAAAGGGUCAAAUAUCAAGUAUGGCAGAGAGCGUGACCGGGGAAAGGCAGCAUUGGAUUACCUGAGUGCGAUUGCUGUAAUAUAUUUGGGUACUUGUUGCCGUUCAGAGCAUCCUACUUUUGCAUCUUCUGGUCCACCAUUGACGCUGUGGGACUAUGGGCUGCCUACGGAAGUCCAAGGAUGUCUUACUCGUCAGCACACACAGAGUACGACCCAGAGGGAGUCUGAACAGGUGGUAGUGUUACAACAGACCGCGACAUCGCUCCAAGAAUAAAGGGGAAAAUCUUCGAGCAGAUCAUCGAACAAAAUGGAAGCGCCAAGACAGUCACAAGCCAAGUAGGGAAUGCUAUAAAUGGCGACAAGAAGAAAAUGGGUAGCUUGGUGGCAAAUCGGCUAUCUCAUGACAACAGAAUUCUGUUCAGUGGCGUCCUUGUAUAUGUAUAGAAUUUAUCGACACAGAACCUUCGCUAGUAAGCUGACAGCACUCUUUCCCCCC